GGAGCCGAGGAUGCUGCUGCUGCUGCUCGUGCUGCUGCCGGUGCCGGCGGAGGGGUGGCGGGCGGUGGGGCUGCGGAUGAGCCUGCGGGGCAGCCCCCGCGGGGAGGUGAGCCCGGCUUUCCUCUCCCUCACCCUGGACGCCAGCCUGGCCCGGGACCCGCGUUACGUCGCCUUGCUCAGCAAUCCCAAACUGCGUGCCUUGGCAAGGGCCCUGUCCCCAGGCUUCCUGAGGUUUGGUGGCACCGAGACAGAUUUUCUGAUCUUUGAUCCCAACAAGGAUUCAACUUUGGAAGAAAAAUUCCUCUGGGAAAUUGAGGCCAAGGAAGAGGCUUGUGGCUCAAGGCCUGCAUUUGCUGCUGUUGAGAAGCUGCUGCUGGCCCAGUGGCCCAGCCAGGAGAAGUUGAUUCUUGCAGAGCAUAAUUGGAAAAAGCACAGAAAUACCACCAUUACAAGAAAUACGUUGGAUAUUCUCUACAGCUUUGCAAACUGCUCAGGGUUUCACCUGAUCUUUGGGCUUAAUGCCUUGCUGCGGAAAGAUGGUUUGCAAUGGGACAGCUCAAAUGCCCAGGAGAUACUGGACUAUUGUGCCUCACGGAAGUACAACAUCUCCUGGGAGCUCGGGAACGAGCCCAAUAGCUUCAGGAAGAAAUCUGGCAUCUACAUUGAUGGCUUCCAGCUGGGGCAAGAUUUUAUUUGCCUACGCCAGCUUCUGAGUAACUACACCCUCUAUCAGCAUGCGAAGCUCUAUGGGCCCGAUGUUGGGCAGCCCCGAAAGCACACGCAGAGGCUGCUGAGAAGCUUCCUGAAAUCAGGAGGGAAGGUGAUUGACUCUGUCACGUGGCACCAUUACUAUGUGAAUGGACGAAGUGCAACGAGGGAGGAUUUCUUGAGCCCUAAAGUGCUGGAUACCUUUGCCACAGCUGUACACAAAGUCCUGGAGAUUGUUGGUGGGACCGUGUCCAACAAGAAGGUCUGGCUAGGAGAGACGAGCUCUGCCUAUGGAGGGGGAGCUCCCAAGCUAUCCAACACUUACAUCGCUGGCUUUAUGUGGUUGGACAAACUCGGGCUUUCAGCCAAGCAGGGGAUUGAUGUGGUCAUGAGACAGGUUUUCUUUGGGGCAGGGACCUAUCACCUGGUGGAUGCCAACUUUGAGCCUUUGCCGGACUACUGGCUCUCGCUGCUCUACAAGAAGUUGGUGGGUACCAAGGUGCUGCAGGUCGGCCUGGUGGGAGCUGAUGAGAGGAAGCUCCGUGUCUACCUUCACUGCACAAAUGCCCUCCACCCAAAGUACAGAGAAGGAGACGUGACAUUGUUUGUCUUAAACCUCUACAACGUUACCCAACGUUUGCAGCUACCAAAUUACUUAUCAAGCAAGCAUGUAGAUCAGUACCUCUUACUGCCUCAUGGCAAAGAUCGUAUACUGUCCAGGUCUAUUGAGCUGAACAGCCGUGUGCUACGGAUGGUGGAUGACAAAACACUGCCAGAGCUUAUCGAAAAGCCACUUGGUCCUGGCAGUAUGCUCGGCCUUCCAGCUUUCUCUUAUGCCUUCUAUGUGAUAAAAAAUGCCAAAGCUAUUGCUUGCAUUUAAAUGGUUCAUGCAAAUGCACAGGGUAAAUGUAAGGCACUUGGCUAGUAGGGAAUGUUUAAUCCUAGAAAUCCACAUUUCUGCCACAGGAAGGGAUGCAAAUGUGACAGAACUGGUACGAUCUGUGGGCUGGGAAAAACAUGAGGUCCCACUGGGUAAUCUGUAUAUGAAAGAAGCUUGUUAAACUCAUGGAAGAAUUAUCCAGAUAGAGCAAGCCCAGGGAGAGGCUGGUUUUGUUUUUGGUCUAGACUAUCACUGUGGUCCAGCACGGGGCCCUUCCCCACACCACGUGCAGAGGUGCAGCAGCUUCUCACACUGUGCUUGGGGCUCUACGAGCCAGGAACUGCAGCCUCCCCUCUCAUUUCUGCAAGCACAGCUCUUAAAGCAUUUCCUUGAAAGUCUUGCCCUCCGAAAAGAUGAGCAGGCUCUUUAUUUUAGUUGUACAACUGUGACUCUGCCUCCACCAUAAGAGGAAGCCCAAGGAGGAGCUGUGGUUGCUGAGUGCAUCUCAGGGUGGAAAGCAGGGACAUGCAAAGCUGUGGUCGAAGUGCCUUGGGAGAAAAUGCCUUGCCAAGAAACCAGGUCCUCUGUGGGAUUUGAGGCAGCACUGCAUGUUUUUCCCAAGCUAGGAGAGCUCAGUCACAAGAUGGAGCUGUGUCCAUGAGCUUUCCAAAGAUCAGUUUUUGACACAGGACAUUCAGGCUGUUCCAGCAGGGUAGGCUACCUCUGUCCUCACACACUUCAUCCUUGUCAAACCCUCUGUAGCCACUGGGCUGCACAGCGAGAGCCUGCAACUCCUCAACCUUCACCACCUUGCAGUGGUGAAGGGCCUAUCUGCAGGUGAAGCUCUGCAUUCCCUAACUUGCUUGAGUCUCUUCUGUUCUUGAGGAAAUGGGAGAACAAAGAGAUUGAGCAAACCACCCAUCACCUCUUUGACCAUCAGAGGGAUGUCAGUGGCCGUAGGGCAUCCUGGGGACAAACCCACCUGGCCAGACUGACAUCCCUCCUGCUGGGGAAACAGGCAUUUUGGCCAGAAACCUGUGUGGGCAGUGGCUUUUCUUUGCCAUCUGUGGCUUUCCGGUGUCUGGCCCACUGCAGUUUGGUGUGUGGCAGCUGCAGUGCCCGAGCCAAAUCUCCACUCACUUUUCUUGAAGAUAUAUAACGCAUGCCACUGCCAGCACCUUACGGUAUUCCAAGCACUGCAGUGGAAAACACCACCGCCACAACACUGUAUAUGUCUCCUUUUAAGCUUUAAAAGGGUACUACCAGCUACAUGGGGUUUUGACACAGGCUGGAGUGGGAAGGACCUUUUUUAAUGAGAAAAUGUUAAAACCAGAUGUACUUUUGAAGCUGUGAUGAAAAAAAACGCACUAUGAAAAGGUUAUAUUUAAGUUUAGCCUGUCAAAGGAGUGUUUGCAGUCACAGUGCAGAUGCAUGCUGUGAAGGGUUAUGUAUCAAGGUAAUGUAGAUCAGAAAUGAGAAUGGGGAAGGGUAAGUUUGUUUAAAUUGUGCAAGUUCGCAAGAAGAAGAGAGCAUAAAAAGUAGUGGAAAACCUUGCAUACAGUCAACGUAAAAUUAAUAAUAUUAUUAUUUUAAUAUAUGUUACAACUAAGACACCAAGGUUAUUGUUUGCCUGGUAGCUUCUUUUUAGAACUUUUCCAACAGUUUUGUUUAUUCCAAUGCUUGAGACUUUUGUAUUUGAAGAUUUUAAUUAAA